UGUGUUAAAUCGCCGUAUUCUUCUCGGUAGAAUCUGCUAUUGCACUUGCAUUACUCCGCAAUGGAAUAUAAGUACUGUGUAAAUUGAAAUAGGUCGUUCUUGUUAAUAAAACUGUUGGCUUUAUGUCAUUGUAUAUCCGAAUGGAAACCCGAGACUUAAGUAACCUUAAUAUUUGUCACAUAUGCAAAGUAUGACCAAGGAUCGAUUGCCGAAAUAACUGGUUAGCUUUGACCUGAGCUGCAUGUGUAUCUGAAUGAUGCACAAAAUCGAAUUUAUGUUAAUAAUCACACGAAAAGUAUGCAAAGAUUUUUAGCUGUUUUCUCCAGCAGUCUAAAAUAGGCAGAUAGAGGAUUAGAUUGCAUUAAACAUUGAAAUAUACAUCAUUCGGUUGUUGGAUUAGGUGUUGUCCUACGGACUUUACCUUUCCCCAAAUUAUGUAGUUGAAUUUAGAUGUAAAGGUUCACUUGUAAAUGGAAGAAUAGCGUGCAACUAAAGUUCUAUAAAAAAAAUGUUGUUUGUCAAAUUUAAAAGUGUGUAAAAUCACCCGGUUGACAUGAAUAUUAAAGUGUAAACGUAAAGGGAAAACAAGUUUCGUGACUACCUUUGGUCAUCGUUACGCAGUGGUAGCCAUCUUGUUCCUGAAGACCUUUACUGAAACUUGAUGAUAACAUCUAGCAUUUAGCCUUAAAAAAUAAAAUAAAAAGCUUAUUCUACACAAAAAGGAAACCCGCCUUUAAAGAACUCUUAGAAUUACUGAAAAAGAAGUCGGCACUGAUGUUGUCAGCGUGUAAAAAGCUCACCAGGACAUUUUUAUUCCACAGCUGCAUAAAACGUCCCUCUGCACUUAUAUCCACCCUGCUAUCUGUGCCUUCACCUCUUCACAAUCACAUUCUGGUAACAAACAAGAAAACCCCAUUUUCCUUCAAUCAGCCCUCAGUCUUUCCCUUGUGUUAUAUCACCGACCGUGGCCCGAUGGAGCUCAAAGAGGUGGUGCAGAUACUGGAGCAGCUUGCCCCCCUGUCGCUUGCAGAGUCGUGGGACAAUGUUGGCCUGUUGGUUGAGCCCUGCAAAUCCCGGCCCAUUAAGACCAUACUGUUAACCAAUGACCUCACACAGGCCGUUAUGGACGAAGCAGAGGCUGCGAACUGCGACCUCAUAAUCUCCUAUCACCCGCCUUUGUUUCGGCCAGUCAAGCGUCUAAUUCAGAAAGACUGGAAGCAACGGUUGGCGUUACGGGCAGUGGAGGCCGGCAUAGCGAUUUUCUCACCUCACACUUCAUGGGACAGUGUUAAAGGGGGGCUGAAUGACUGGCUGCUGGAGGGACUGGGUAGUGGCCAGGUGUCUGUGCUGAGUCAAGCCCUCAGUGGAGCCCCCCUCAGUUAUAAGCUGGAGUUCAUGGUCAGAAGCACAGCGGAACUUAGCACGGUGGUGGAAGAACUGAGGGCACGUGCUGGAGGAGAAACGCUGAAGCCUUUGACAAACAGUGUGGACGACAGUGGGAUCCUUGUGAGUGUAACCUGUAGUGACUCGGCGUUGACUCCCAGCGUUCAGACUCUGUUGCAACACACUGCUCCCAGCCAGUCCCUCAACAUCCUAAAGUUAGAGCAGCCGCCACUGCUGGGCCAUGGCCAAGGCCGACUCGGCGUUUUGGACCAGCCUGUAUCUGUGGCGAAAGCCAUUGAGAAAAUGAAGUCUCACCUGGGAUUGAAUCACCUUCGCUUGGCUUUGGGAUUUGGGAGAACACUAGAUUCCUCUGUGCGUACUGUAGCUGUAUGUGCCGGAUCGGGAGCAUCAGUUCUGUGUGGGGUCAAAGCAGACCUCUACAUCACAGGUGAGAUGUCCCACCAUGAGGUCCUGGACGCCGUAGAGAAGGGCACCAGUGUGAUCCUCAGUGAGCACAGCAACAGCGAACGAGGUUUUCUGGCUGUGUUCAGGGAGAGGCUGCUCCUGCGUCUUCCCGACUCAGUCGCUGUGGUUCUGUCUAAAUCUGACAGAGACCCACUGGAGGUGGUCUGAGUGCCAUGACAGUAAUAAAAAAAAAGAAAAAAAAGGAAAUUAA